CGCCUUAAAGUACUCACACAAACGGGCUUGUCGGCUGCCAGAAUAUCACCGAGUGCGACUUGAGUGUCAGAGCCAGCGACAGCCCCAGCGACUGGCCGCCGACGUACGCUAAGAAGGUGAAGGCCCCAGCCAUCUCCUUUUGGUGUGACGGCACGUGAGCCAGCGGCUCUACGGCACACACGGCGACAGGGUAGCCGUGCGUCAGGGCCAUCAACAGCAUGCACGAAAAUGCACCUGCAGGCAGACAGACAGGAGACGCAACGAAGAAAGAAGGGGACUUGGCUGGGGCGGUGAGUGGACGGAUGGCUGGAGUGGAUGGAUGGAUGGCUACCUGCGUCGAAGCCCCAGUGGUUGCCGUCGUAAGCCCUUAUCAGUAGGAAUGCCGGGAAGAAGACUGACCGCGCUACCGUCAGGAGACACAGAUUCGCCAGAGAUAUGCCGCGAAAACCCGGCAGCUUCGGCAGAUAUCGACCCAACUGCACCAGUGAAGGCAGAGACACAGACGAUAUGUGUCUCUGCACACCUGUCUCUUUGUCUGUGUGGCUGCCUGGCUGCUCACCACGUCAAAGAGGAGGAAAUCCCAAAAUAGCAGCACGUGGAACCAGCCCGACGAUUGAAAGAACCGCACAGACGACUCCAGCUCGCUCGCGAUGCCGGGAAAUAUGAGGAACGUUAUCAGCCAAUUCGCCACCAUGACCAUCAGCCAGGGCCACACUCGUGCCAGCGUCACCAAGGGCGCCAUCAGCGCAGAGGCCGGCUUCUCGUCUUCAAGUGGUGCGAUCCGCGUGUGCGUGCUGAUUAUCAGAGGCUGGUCGUCGGCUGUCGAGCCGUCUCUCCCUUUCGUCUUGACUCGCACCACAUCAGGAUGCGUGUCGACCUGGCAGACGUAGAGGCACAGCGUGAAAAGGUAAAAGGACAAGAGCUCGGCCGUCCAGACGUAGGCCGCCGUGCGGUGGUCGGCAAAGGCCAUCUUUGUGAGCAUCUUGGAAAUCGACGCGACCAGCCCGCUCACCCCGAUCCCCACCACAAACGACUGCAUAUACCUCUCCGGCAAAGCCCCGCACAGCCCGGCAAUCGAGCCGUGGGAGAAGGCGUGCGCCGUGCCGGCGACCCCACAGGCGAUGGCCACGGCAUCAACCGACGUUAGAAAGACGAACGACGCCAGCGAGGCCGCCUGCAGGAUGAGUGCGGGGACGAUCUUGGCGGGGUAGGGGAUGGAGCUGCCGAUGCACACCACUAUGAGGCCGGUGGCGAAGUUGGCCACCUUGUAGACCGUUGAGAAGGUGUACUCGACGUUCUGCCCGGGGAACACCUGGCGGAAGAAAUCAACGUACAUCAGCAGCUACUCCCAGUCCACCACAGCAAAGGAGAGAGGGGACAACACACACACACAUCCAUCCAUCCAUUCAUUCUUUUUCUUCGUCUUUUGCGUGUCCGUUUACGGCGUAGAACGUUAGCACCACCGCCACACCUGCUCACACAAUCGAGAUGACAAGGUCUCCGCGCUUCCAUGUCGCUCUGUUUGUUCCCCCAUGGUUGUUGCCCCCCCAUCGCUCACCGAGCAGCGCCAUGGUGUAAUCCAAGAGAUCUACCUUCACAUAUUUGCCUGCACCCAUUGGGAAUCAACCAGGAACCUUAUUGCAGCGGGGGGAGGGG